UCCUAGUCAUCGAAAAAAAAAAUUAAAAAAAUACGUGAGGGCCCACAUGUAAGUGGCAUUUCUACUCUUCCUCUCCUCCACCACUCUCCUCUCUCCUCCCCCUUCUCUCUCCCUGGACAGGGGAGGCGCCGGAGGCGCGGAAGAUGUGGGGACCGCCGGAGGAUGCGAGCGCACGCCGCGAGGGAGAGGAUCCACUAUCAGCAGCAGCAGAUGCAGGUGGUGGCGGCGGUGACGGGGAAUAGGAGGAUGCAGGGGCUAGGGCCGAAGCGGAGCUCGAACAAGGACCGGCACACCAAGGUGGAUGGCCGGGGACGACGGAUUCGGAUGCCGGCGUUGUGCGCCGCCUGGAUCUUCCAGCUAACGCGGGAGCUCGACCACAAGUCCAACAGCGAGACCGUCCAGUGGCUGCUCCAGCAGGUGGAGCCGGCAAUCGUCACCGCCAUGGGGACGGGUGUCGGCACUGACAUACAGGGGCCCUCCCUCCCUUCCCCAAACUGCGCCCUCUCCAGGUCGCACCACCACCACCACCACAUGUGGGCUGCCGCCGCGGCACCGCCCGCCGCGUCCGCGGCGUUCGCCGGCCACAUCGGGUUCGCGACCAUGUUUGCCGGCUACGUGGCGGCGGCCAUGCCGGGGCUAGAACUAGGACUCUCACAGGACGGCCACAUCGGCGUGCUCUCCGCCCGGUCGCUCAGCCAGUUCUACCACCAGGUCGGCGACGCUAGUGCCGCCGGUCAACUGUCGCACCCACACCACCAUCACCAACACCAUCAGCAAUAGCAGGAGGACGGGGAGGAUGACCGCGAUGACGGCGAGUCCGAUGAGGAGUCCGGGCAGUAGUAGGCGCACCGCCAAUUGUUCAUCUAUGCGUCUCACGUUGUCUCUUUGGAGAAGAAAAAGAGAAUUCCAGGAAGGGGCAUGCAGCUAAUGGAGGGGGUAUGCUUUUGUUACUGUUGGGUUGUUCUUCAUGGGGAUUUUUAUGUCUGAUUUUUCCUCGUGUGGUGUCGAAGCUGGAAGAGGCUACUACUUGCUCCAGCGACUUGUUGGGAUGGAUCAUGAUCAUCUUCAGUUGUUACUCCUGCUGCUCCAUGGAUGGUCGCCGGUUUAUCCCCCUCCAA